GGGGAGUGCUGCUCUUAAAGGUGUGUCCCUAAGUGUGCUCAGAGAAGACUUUGACACAAAGGGAGGGGUUAGCAUGGGUCUACAGUGCCAGCUUCAGAUCUAAAAUGUCCAGUCCUCUGGAGCAGGCACUGAUCACAAUGGUCUCCACCUUCCACAAGUACUCUGGCCGAGAGGGUGACAAGUUCAAGCUCAGCAAGGGGGAGAUGAAGGAACUUCUGCAAAAGGAGCUGCCCAGCUUUGUGGGGGAGAAGGUGGAUGAGGAGGGGCUGAAGAAGCUGAUGAGCGGCCUUGAUGACAACAGUGACCAGGAGGUGGACUUUAAGGAGUACGCUAUUUUCCUGGCCAUUGUCACCGUCAUGUGCAAUGACUUCUUCCAAGGGUCCCCAGAACGGCCCUGAAGCGGAGCUCUCUACUUCCUGCCACAGAUCUUCUGAGCCCGAGGAGGAGGGGUGUCUCUACUUCUUCUAAUUUACUAUUCAACACACUUUCCAACCCCUGCUGCAUGUUGACUCUCUUGGAAUCUCCCUGAGGCCAGAGACGUGCCUUAGGUGUCAGGUUUUGGGAUUUGACACAAAAUAAAAAUUUGAGAACUGA